CAAAGACAGCCAAACAAGCUUGCCGGUGUUUCAACUUUGGUCCUUUCAUUACACCUAUAGCUAUCAAUCUUUAACUCCAAAGCACUGACAUAAUGGGUCGACUAGCGGAGAUGCAGAGGAAGCUCCUCGAGCAAAUGAUGGGCCCUGAGGCAAUGGGAGUUGCCAAUGCCAACCUCGUCUGGUCUGAUGAUAAAGUUUGCCGGAACUUUCUGUGCGGGACAUGCCCGCAUGCACUUUUCACAAACACUAAAAUGGAUCUUGGAGCAUGCCCAAAAUCACACACGGAGCGAUUGAAGACAGAGUUUCUGGCAGCUAAAGAGGCAAACCCAAAUGACCCUAUAUUUUCUCGUUUCCAAAUGGAGUAUGAGUCGAACAUAUUUGCUUUUGUGGAUGAGUGCGACAGAAGGAUUCGGGCUGCGCACCGAAGGUUGGAGAAGACACCAGAGGAGAACGCGAAGACAACCAAUUUGAUGCGAGAAAUCGCUGAGAUCGAGUUGGCUAUUCAGGGUGGGACUGAGAAGAUCGAGACCCUUGGUGAACAAGGAAAGGUCGAUGAGUCAAUGAGGGAGAUGGCCGCCAUUGAAGCUUUGAAAAGCGAAAAAUCAGAAAAGGAGCGCGAGCUUCAACAACUCACGGAUACGUCUGGAGCCUCCGGCCAUCAGAAACUUCGGGUGUGUGACGUUUGUGGUGCAUACCUUUCGGUGCUCGAUUCCGACCGGCGCCUUGCGGACCACUUUGGAGGCAAGAUGCAUUUGGGUUACCACGAGUUGCGAAACAUGCUAGGCAAGUUUAAAGAAGAGCGUGAAAAGCGUAAAAUGCCACCUCCGUCUUCUGCACCUCCUUCCGGCGCAACCGGGGGUGCAGGCAAGCCCGGCGGAGACCGAGGUGGCGAUCAUCGGCCAUCACGUGACGAUCGUGAACGCGAACGAGGGUAUGAUAGACAUGCAUCGAGAUAUGAUGAUCGUCGGAGAGAUCGUGAUCGCUCUCGAUCGCCCAGCCGCAGACGAUAUUAAUUCAGCAAGGUGUUUGAUAGUGUAUUACGCUUGGAAAGGGUUUGCAACCGGGGAUACGAACCAUGAUGGGUUGCAUCGUGGAUCCGGUGAGGCGCCGAACUUUGAGACGAUUGUGGUAUGUAUGUACAUAUAAGUCGAAAGUUCCAGACUUUAGGACAGGCCGCAGCAUACAGUUGAAUGCUAUUAACGUGACGGCAAUACUCGGAGUCUCGGAAGAUCCGCUAGACUGGCUUCAGUACUUGGUUUCGUAAUUCUUUUGAUUUCGAACUAACCUGAAGUAGAGAUACCCAUUACAUUAUUUUGGUAUAAUUAUAAUGAAAUUGUGCCUGUG